AAAAGUGAAUAACUUAAUACGUUACCGUGUUCUUUCAGUCUCUUCUCAUCUUUUCCCUCACACACUCUUUACUAAACACUGCUUUUUUCGUUGUUUCAUUUUUCAUUCUCAUCUCAAUUCACCGAUGCAAGACCCUUCCAGAACCGCCACUGGCUACCCAGCCCCACCUUACAACCACCCUAACGCCGCCCAAUACCCCUACGCCGCACCACCUCCUCAAUACUACCACCCAGCAGCACCACCGCCACAUCGACCCUACGCCUCUCGCUCCUUCUUCCGCGCCUUCUUCGCCACCAUGAUCUGCCUCGCUGUCAUCUUCGGCGUAAUCCUCGUCAUCACUUGGCUCGUCCUUCGUCCUUCUCUCCCUCACUUCACUCUAACAACUCUCUCCCUCUCUAACUUCUCCGCUUCCAACCAAUCCCUCUCCGGCACGUGGCGUCUCGCUUUUAACGUCCGUAACGGAAACAGAAAAAUGUCCGUUACUUAUAACGCUCUCCGUUCAUCCAUCUUCUAUCAUUCGAACUACAUCGCUGAAUCGGAGCUUGCGCCGUUUAAGCAGGACACGAAAUCUGAAACUGCGCUUAACGUUACUUUCGCCGCUGCUAAUGCUUACUUUGAAUCCGGUGCUGUUAGAGAUCUUAACGGUGAUAGGACUCGCGGUUCGGUUCCGUUUGAUGUGCAGAUUCUGGCUUCCACUUCGUUUCGUUCUGGUUCUUGGAGGUUUAGGACGAGAAUUCUUAAGAUUAUUUGCCGGAAAAUUAUGGUCGGGAUUUCGUCGAAUUCAACUUCCGGUGAAUUGGUUGGUUCACCCGGUGAAUGUCAGGUGUGGACUUGACUUGUUUUUAGUUUUUAGGUUUACGGUUUACCCUAAUUUGUCUAUGGGUUCUUUUUUUGAAACCCUAGGUUUGAAAAUUGGAUUCAGUAAUUAAUGUUUUCAGAGGUUUAUAACUAUGCAUUAUGGUUAAUAUACAAAAUUGAGUAUUGUUGAUUA